AUGUGGAUGUGGUUGAGACCCUCACUCUCACUCUCACUCUCAAUUCCCCUCUCUCACUCUUUGCCCUUCCUUUCUCCCCUUCCCCUCAAACCCCACCCUCUCUUUCUCUCCCCAAUUGUAGCAUUCGCAAACAACAACAACAACAACAACGACUUGAGGGAACAGGGAAAGACCCAACAACAAGAAGCACCACCCAAUGGUUCCAACGAACAAGAGGAAAAGGUUAACGAUUGGGGCAAACAACGACGACCCAUUUUGGGCUUCAAUUGGAGCACCCUUUUGGACCCUGACCCCGACAACGUCCUCGCACUUGGCCUAACGGGUAUUCUCACCUGGGCCAGCGUGCAAGUCCUCUGGCAGCUACUCUUCAUCUCUUUCGCCAUUCUCGUUGCUGCCCUCAAGUACUCUUUCAUCGCUGCUCUUCUUCUUUUUAUUCUCAUUGCCCUUCUUUGA